AAGAGAUGCUUGAUGCGCAGGUCCAUUGCAAAUCUCCGUUUCUUUGAUGUUAUCGCAUCCAAUUCGUAUGGCAAGCUGUUAUUAUUCACAUCAAUACAUUCAGUUUGUGCUCAGCUGUGAAUCGAGUCGUUUGUGUUUUGAUGCCACGAUAAUAAACAAUCCGCCGUUUGUUCGCAAAACCACUUCCCACCUAUCAACAAAAUGUGUAUUCUUCACUGUCAGAGCGGUUCACUGUCGCCAAUAAUUUGAAAAAGGAAAUGGAUAAAUCAAAAACCAGUGUUAAAUAGAUUCGGAAAUUUGGUGCCAGCAUUCUUCAGUCUUCACACACCCAGUGUCAUUUUAUCAUUCAAUCAGUUUGGGCUCUCAUCCUAAAUCAUUUGUGUAUAACAUUUCUGGAGUAGUGUUUUGUUUGUGUUUGUUGGUACAGCGUUUGAUUUUCGUACACCGCAUCAGUGGUGGGCUCCCAAUAGAUUUGCUCAAGCCGAAAUUCAAAAAGGAACAUUUUGCAUUCAGUUGUAUGUUUGUCGAAUAAAUUAAGUAAAUGCGUUCAGCAGGAGGGUUCCCUCCACACGAAAAGCCAUUGCCUGCGAUUAGUGUGAAAAGGACACACGCAUACAUGCACAUACAUAAAUAACGAAACCGUAAACACGAACAUAUGCAGCAAAGUGGGUUUAAUUUUCGGUUUGUUUCAUCAACGCACCAUAGCUGAAAUACCCCGAAUGUUUCAUUGCCUCUUUUUUUUCAUCUAGCAUGGCAAUAAAAUAAAAAUUCGACACAGCGUACGAAAUUACUAACAAAACAGCGGCAAAAGCAGAAACAACAUCGACCAAGUCCAACAGUAGUAAUAAACACUUCGAGUGGGAUGAGUGCAAAUAAUUGUAAACAGUGAAGAGUAGAAGCGUUCAUAAAUGUAUGCGUUCCGUAGAAAAUUCCACGUCGAAUAUUUGCCAGACCAAUGCCACGAACACGAAGCUAAAACAUACCUUUGAAAUUGAAUUUUUGUGAAAAGGGCCGAGAGUAAAUUAACGAAAGUAAAUUCAGUUCAGAAUUUCAGGUAACAGCGUAAAGAGUGUUUAAUGUUUGUACGAUGGAGGAAGAGUUGCGGUGUCCGUUGUGUAAAGGGAUCUAUGUAAAUCCAGUGUUAUUGCCGUGUUAUCAUGGUCUGUGCUUAACAUGUGCCCUGGACACUCAGGUACAAAUCGCCAACAACAACGACAGUUGUUCAACGAAUAGUUCAACGAUAGUAACAACCCAAGUGCCCGCGAGUCAUCAAAAUCCGUCUGCCGCACACAUAUCAACAUUGCCUCGCAACAAUUCGGGCGAGAGUACGGCAAAUUCGAGUGCAUCAGAGAGUAUUUCUUCGGAUCAAGAGGCGGAUAAAGUCAGUAUUUUGAGUGAGGCCGACUCAGGUGUCAUUUGUACAUCACGACCCAGUUCGUAUGCUGGAACGCCAAAUUUUCAAGCACUUUUGUUUCCGCCGUCUGGAGGUGCGGUCUACUCAUUAGCAUGUCCCAUUUGUCGUAAAAUUGUGUUUUUCGACGACGGCGGUGCACGCAAUUUACCACCCUAUCGAACUAUGGAAUCGAUAAUCAAUCGAUUUGGUGAACGCGAAACGUUGCGAUGCCAAAUGUGUGAAAUAGAACCAAAAAUCGCAACCGUCGUGUGUGAACAGUGCCAAAUUCGGUAUUGUGAUAGUUGUCGCGAAUUGUGUCAUCCAGCUCGUGGCCCUUUGGCAAAACAUAGUUUGGUUUCACCGCGCGAUGGUAGUAAAACAGCGACUCGCGAAUCCAUUUGCAUUGAACACUGCACCGAACCAUUGGCUCUGUAUUGUUUGACGUGUAAAAUUGCCUUAUGCCAACAAUGCUUGAGUGACAACCGCCAUCAAUCACAUGAAAUACAAUCAAUCGCAAUCAUUUGUAAAUCACAGAAGACAGAACUCUCACAUAAUCUGCAACAAUUAUCGGAGAAAGCCAGAUCAACAACGGAGUUCAUUCAAAGACUCAAGGGAAUGAGUGAUAAAGUAACGGAAUCAAGCAGUGAAUUCCAUCAAAUGGUGGCAAUGCAAUGCGAAUCUUUAAUUCAAAUGAUUCGACAGCGGCGUGAUUACCUGUUAGAAACCAUUGGACUGGACAAAGAGCAUAAAUUGCGAAUACUAAAGGAGCAGCAAAUUAAUUGCACGGCGAAACUGCAACAGACGACGGGUUUAAUUCAAUUUUGCAUUGAAACGCUCAAAGAGACUGACAAUGCUACAUUUCUACAGGUGGGGACGGGGCUAAUAAAUCGUGUUGCUGACACCGAUGUGAGAUGGCAUCAAGAGGUAACAAAUGCAGCACCACGAGUAUCACCCACCAUUGAUCUCACGCUAGACGAUUUGUCGGUUAAACGUGCAAUUGACAAUCUCAAUUUUAUUAAAAUCAAAUCUGGCAGAGACUGCGAUGAACGCUUACAAACAGUGCCAUCAACUCCAACAAUAAUUCAUGAAGAGUGCUCGACCGUGAAUAAUUCGGUUACUGUUGCCUGGAAAGCAUUCAAUCCCAUGUCGAGCGAUGGAUACGUACUUGAAUUGGACGAUGGCAGUGGCGGAGAAUUUCGGGAAGUUUUUUGCGGGAAGGAAACCAUUUGUACGGUAGAUGGGUUGCAUUUUAAUUCCAUGUACAAUGCACGCGUCAAAGCGUUCAACAGUUUUUGCGAGGGAGAAUAUUCGAAAAUGAUUGGCCUACACACGGCCGAGGUCGCUUGGUUUGCAUUCGAUCCGGCGUUGAGUGAUGCAAACAGCAGUGGUUUAGCAGUUUCGAAUGAUUUAUCAACGGUUUCAGUCGAUGGAUGGGAACAUCAAGUUGCAUUGGGUUCGGUUGGAUUCUCGAGGGGUGUCCAUUACUGGGAAUUUACAGUCAAUAAAUACACUGGUGAUACAGAUCCAGCAUUUGGCAUUGCCCGAAUUGAUGUGGCCAGAGAUCGGAUGCUUGGCAAGGACGACAAAGGUUUCGCCAUGUACAUCGAUCAUAAACGUUCUUGGUUCCAACACAAUUCAGUGCACGAGCGUCGUGUGGAAGGUGGCAUCUCAAACGGCAGCGCCGUAGGAAUUUUAUUGGACUUGGAUCGACACACCUUGAGUUUUCUUGUCAACAGAAUGCCUCAAGGUUCGAUAGCUUUCCGUGAUUUAUACGGUGUAUUUUAUCCAGCUGUCAGUCUUAAUCGCGGCACAACACUCACUUUGCAUGCAGGAUUACCGGCACCACAUAUCGACUGUUUGCACUGAACGAUGAGACAUUUAUAACUACAAACAAGAAAUGAUUGAUACGGUAGUAAAUAAGAUGAUUUGAAGCAAAUAAAAAGAAGCCGCUUUAAUAAUCUAAACAAAAAAGAGCAAAUACAAACAGAACGAGUAUAAUAUUUUAAUCGUGUUUAUAAUUAGAACAGCACGAGUUUGUUUUGUAACAAUAAACAUUCCGACCGGUUGAAUUUGGAACAAAA